AUGGUAUCCAAAACCGUCUCCACCGCGCUCAUCGGCUUGUUAGUAGCCUUGAUUCUGCGAAGCGUUUAUCGUGUCUUUUUUCACCCUCUCAGAAAGAUUCCGGGGCCGAAAAUAGCCGCUAUCACGCACCUGUAUCAACAUUACUAUGAUGCUGUGCAGGGCGGGAAGUACAUCUGGAAGCUGGACGAGUUGCAUCGCAAGUACGGACCCGUUAUUCGAUUCAAUCCCAACGAAGUGCAUAUCCAAGACUCGCACUAUUACCAUCAGAUUUAUGCUGGCGGGGCUAAAAAGCAGGACAAAGAUCCCGGAUUCCCAGCAGUCCCUCUUUUCCCAGAGGUUACGGUCACCACCAUCAAGCACCAUCACCAUCGGCUGCGACGAGGAAUCAUCAAGUCCUUCUUUUCGAAGCAAUACGUCAUGGGCCUUGAGCAUGUCAUUCAAAGCAAAGUGAACCUCCUGGCCUCCCGACUCACGGAGCAUAUCGCCACGACACCGUCUUAGAUCUCAAAUAUGUGUUUGCAGCGUUGACCUCCGACCUCACGACGCAUUAUGUAUACGGAACAAACUUGAGCCAUCUCACGGAGCCGGACUUCAAAAACGACUUUCUU